GAUGACACUCUCUCCUACAUAGACGGGUCGUUCAGUAAAUAGCGAUGCUUUCCAACUGGGAAGCAUACAUACAUACACCCCUCUACAUCAGUAUCUACACAACAGCCCUCUCUACUACCUCGUCAGACAACCACAACCAUCUGUCCACAUCGAACCCCCCCAAAGACUCACAACCAACACAACAACGUCCAGAAUCUAACCCCUCCAAGUCAUGUCCUCACUCUACUGCAUCUUCAAACCAACCCGGACAACACCCCAUCCCUUCCCAACCAAAGUACAAACUCCCCCUCCCCUCACAAGUGACAACCGCGCCCCCGGAAAAAAAAAGGUUUCACUCCCGUCUUCCCCGAGUGGGAAUUACCUUUCCGGCUCAGGCUUCCCUCUCUCCCCCCAAUAGUCAUCUUUACCACUGCCCCGGGCCGGGUCACGACUCAUCUCCCUGAGAUGGGAUAGGACGGUUGGGGCGAGUGAACGGCCCACACCGCCGCGAGAAGGCUGUUACCAUAGACACAUCGUCAGUCAGUGCGCGCUUCCGGAUGCUUGGGUCCCGCCGGCGUGGUUGGGCAUCUAGCUCGUAAAUCGCGCUUAUGCUUGAAAAGGGCCAGUGAGCAGGAAUAGGCUAGCUGAGGGAGGAGGUGAGGGGGCUGAUGCCCUUCUGUACUGUAUGAUGGUGGGUAGAGAUGGGUUGUGGAUGGGUGAUUGUUGGCGUCGCAGGAUCUUUAGGGUAAACACGUGGUCAUGGCUGGAGGGGAGAAUGGGA